GUAGACUCUCAAACUCUCUCUAUAAAUGCAGUGUAAAGUCUAGAGAGAGAAAGGCAGCAAAGUGUGGUGCCAGCGUGAGAUAGCAGAAGGAUCAAAAAGCUUUCUCUCUCUUUUUCAGGUCAAAGCUGGCAUUUGUUGUUUAAAGCCCUCUCUCUAUCCCACACCUCUUCCAACACUUCUCCACUCCACCUCCGCCUUCUCUAUCUACCUCCCAUUUUUUUCUCUCUCUACUUUCUCACUCCUCGCCGUGGGAGGUAAGAUUAUGUUCUUCGUUUAAUGGUCGAUUCCAGCACUCCGUUCAUGGCCGCCGCGUCCCUUUCACCCGCCUCCGGCGAGAAGAAACACUGGUGGCUCACCAGCAGAAAGAUGGUGGAGAGGUACGUGAGGGAAGCUAAGAUGCUGAUUGCGACGCAGGAGCAGGGCGAUGUUGCGGCGGCGCUGGGGCUGCUGGAGGCGGCGCUCGCGGUGGCGCCGCGGAUGGAAGUGGCGUUGGAGAUGAAGGCGCGGUGCCUGCUGCACCUCCGGCGGUUCAAGGAUGUGGCCGAUAUGCUGCAGGAUUACAUCCCCAGCUUGAGAGUGCCGGUCGGAGACGAAACCUCGUCGUCCGGAUCGUCGGACGGCUCGUCCACGCAGCUGUCUAGGGAGCGAGUCAAGCUUCUAUCCUCCGACGGCCACUCUCACGGCGAGUCCGAGCCGGCUUUCAGGUGCUUCUCCGUGUCGGAUUUGAAGAAGAAGGUCAUGGCCGGGCUCUGCAAAAACGUCGAGAAAGGAGGUCAAUGGAGGUACUCGGUUCUAGGCCAGGCCUGCUGCCACCUCGGCCUGAUGGAAGAGGCGUUGGUCCUCCUCCAGACCGGAAAACGCCUCGCCGCCGCCGCCUUCCGCCGCGAGAGCAUCUCCCUCCCCGACGACAUCUUCUCCUUCAACAAACUCUCCGGCGACUCCUCCCAUCCCCAGAACCCUCCCCGCCCCGAAUCCGACACCACCACCAACCUCAUCUGCCACAUCAAGCUCCUCAUCCGCCGCAAAACCGCCGCCGCCGCCGCCCUCGACGCCGGCCUCCACUCAGAGGCCAUCCGCCACUUCUCCAAAAUCCUCGACGGCCGCCGUGGAGCCCCCCAAAGCUUCCUCUCCGAAUGCUACGUCCACCGAGCCACCGCCUACAGAUCCGCCGGCCGUAUAGCCGAAGCCAUUGCCGACUGCAACAAAGCCCUUGCUCUCGACACAUCCUCAAUCGAAGCCCUCACCACACGAGCCCAACUUUUCGAAACCAUUCGGUGCUUGCCUGACAGCCUUCACGACCUCGAACACCUCAAACUCCUCUACAACUCAAUCCUCCGUGACCGGAAGCUUCCGGGCCCUAUCUGGAGGAGGCAAAGCGUUCAGUACAGAGAAAUUCCGGGAAGAUUGUGCUCGUUAGCUUCUAAAAUCCAGCAAUUGAAGCAGAGACUGGCUUCUGGAGAGACGAUGAAUGUGGAUUAUUACGCGUUGAUUGGGCUUCGAAGGGGAUGUUCGAGGUCCGAAUUGGAGAGGGCCCAUUUGCUGUUGAUGUUGAAGCACAAGCCCGAUAAGUCAUCGGGCUUCAUCGAACGGUGUGAGUUUGCGGAUGAGAAGGAAAUCGACUCGGUCAAGGAUCGAGCGAGAAUGUCGGCUUUGUUGCUGUAUAGGUUGAUUCAGAAGGGUUAUACGUGUUUGAUGGCCACGAUUUUAGACGAUGAGGCGGUUGAAAAGUUGAGGAAAAUGGCCGGAGCUGCCGUUUUGCCGCCACCGGUUGUUGCUGGAACCGUGGAAACUCCGGCAACUGUUCUUAAUGACAAGAGGAACAACAACAAUGAUAAAAAUAAGAAAAACGAUAAGAUGAAUUGGAAUGACAGCAAAAAGGGCCCGAUCACAUCUCCACCGGCCUCAGUUUUCCAAGGGGUUUUCUGUCGGGAUCUUGCGGUGGUCGGUAAUUUGCUGUCUCAGGCGGGGUUUAAUCGGCCGAUUACGGUGAAAUACGAGGCAUUAAGUUGUUGAUCAAUGGUAAGUUGGUAACUGGAUCAUUAUGGCUUAUAUUUAAGUAAGGGUUAAAGAAGAAUGAAGAAGUUGAAUAAUGUUAAGGGGUUAAGGUUUA